UUACAUGUUACUCUUCUUGGUGGUGAGUGGAGUUCAUCUGUGGGUGGGUUGUCAACCAUAAACAGAGAGCUUGCUAUUCACCUUUCAAAUCAUUCAGCAGUGAAGGUUUCUUUGUUAGUCCCCGAGGGAGCUUGCAAUCAUGAAGAAAAAAAUGAAGCCCUUACCUAUGGAAUCACUGUCGUUGAGGCGAAGAGACGUGCAGCAUUUGAUCGUCUUCUUUGGUUAAGCUCACCACCCAAGGAUCAUGUCAUGGACAUUGUUGUUGGUCAUGGUGUAAAACUUGGUCGACAGGUACAAUUCAUUAUAGACUCUGCUAAAUUUCCAAACUGUAAAUGGGUACAAGUGGUGCACACUGCUCCAGAGGACCUUAGCAGAUACAAAUGCUACAGUGACCCCAUUUCAAAAGGUGAAACAAAACACGAAUCAGAAGUUGAACUUUGCAAACUUGCUGAUCUUGUUGUGCCUGUGGGACCUAAACUGAAAGAAGCAUACACUUCAUAUUUGCAGCGAUGCAAGACAGAUCAAGACGUGUUGUCCAUUACCCCAGGCCUUUUUCAAAGGGAGUUUGGGGAUUUAGUAGCAAAACAAGAUCCUAACGAGGAUGGUGAAUUCAAAGUGUUGUUAUUUGGUCGUGGGGAUGAUGAGGACUUUGAACUCAAAGGAUACAACAUUGCUGCUAAGGCAUUUACUGAUCAACGGUUAAAAAACAAACCUUAUCAUCUAAUUUUUGUUGGAGCACCUGAAGGAAAGCAAGAAGAAGUUAGAGAAAAACUUCUACAGCGUGGUAUUGCAGAAGCACAGUUGACUGUUAGAAAAUUUAUACAAAGUAGAGAGAGACUAAAAGAUUUGCUGUGCGAAGCUGAUCUUGCCAUAAUGCCUUCAAAAUCAGAGGGAUUUGGUCUUGUUGCACUUGAGGCCUUGUCUGCGGGACUACCCAUUCUUGUAGGCAGUAGGUCAGGAUUUGCCAAAGCAUUAGAAAAUGUUCCGAUUGGUUUUUCAUGCAUCAUUAAUUCAGAUGAUCCUGCAGCAUGGGCAGAAGCAAUAGAAGCUGUUCGCAGCAGGCAUCGAAUGCGGCUUCAAGAGAUAAAAUCACUGAGAGCAUUGUAUGGGCAGAUGUACAGUUGGAAGGAGCAAUGUGAAGCUCUUGUGAACAGAAUGCAGAGAAUGGGUCAUGGUAAGAGCUUUUUGCUAAUUGCUGAUGUACUUAAUGAUUAUGUUGUACCAGACAUUACACAUGGUAAGAGUUAUUUGUUUAGUGCUGGUGUACUUAAUCAGGGGCACCCAACGAGAAUAUCGCUCAAAACCACUUAAACAUAGCAUUGUUAAACGUAUUUUAGUAUUUAAACGGUAGAUAAAGGCAUAUUUUUAUCCCCUAAAAAUUUUUCAUCUGUUCGGAUUUCCUAGCUGAAAGUCUAGUGAUCUGAAAAUUAUAGGGAUCAAAACCUACCUUUUCGAAAAUUUCAGCCAGAAAAAAGGUUCCCGAAAAUUCUAGGUGUUCUUUUUAGGGUACAAAUCCGUUAAAAAUGGGCAAUCAUACCAUAUUUUAGAUGUUCGAAAAUCCUAGGAGAGGCAGGCAAGCAAGAAAUCUUACAACAAAUGAUCCGAAAAUUCUAGACCUCAAAUCGUCUUCCGAAGAGAUAUUCUCCGAAAAUUGUCGCUGGGUGCCCCUGCUUAAUUGAUCAUGUUGUACCUGACCUCACACAUGGUAAGAGUUAUUUGCUAAGUGCUCGAUGUACUUAAUCGAUUAUGUUGUACCAGACAUUACCCAUGGUAAGAGUUAUUUGUUAAGUGCUGAUGUACUUAAUUGAUUAUGUUGUACACUAAUAAAGUUUUCGUGGCACAACAUACGCAAAUGUAAGAGUGCAACGAUAGUCUUUCACAAGCACUGAAUACAUGUAGUUGUUUGACCACAUUUUCGAGUACAAUAAGUUCUCUUUGAAAAUUUAGUACAUGUGCGAAUUGUCCCAGAAUAUUUGACCACUAAAUUGAUUGCUACAUAAAUAUUGCCAAGACAAUAACAUAAAGUUUCUUUGUUUACAGCAAUAUUCGUUGUAUCGCGCUGCGCGUUUUCCAAACAUUGAAGAGAUUUUGGGUUUUCAAGUCACAACGCUUUUUGCCGAAAAAACUGAGGAUAACUUCUUGACUGUUUAAAAUAGCGAAGAAAAUCGCGAUAGUAUUUUUGCCGACGGAAGUAGGCAGACUUUGCUUUAUUGUUACAAGUGAGGCAGAGGAAAAGAAAGAAGGAAAAGAGAGAGAAUUCGGUUCACUGAAACCACGGGCGGCUGAUCUGUUACCGAUGUUUAUUCAGCGCGCGCGAAGCCAAGUAAAUGACGUAAAAGUGUUGAAGUAAACUGUCAAAAAUAAACCAAUCAAAGGGUAUACCAGGAGCUGGUAUAUCGGAAUAAGCUAUUUAAAACAAUGCUUACAGGCUCCACCGCACUCUCUCUCCCCAGUCCUCACGCGGUUUUUGGCACUUUUUUUCGAUCCGUUUUCCCCACUAUCUUGGAGCCUGGAACAGACUAUUGUCAUAGACGGUCAUAGUCCUUAUUUACAGCACUUCACAUAUUUGAUUGUGGUUAUAUACACAUUUUCCCGGCAAUAGCAUGUUUUCUCCAUUUUGUUGCAACAGAAGAUCCUCUAAAGGCCCGGAACUCCUAAGAAACAAAGUGCAACCCUUCUCAGAGGAUGUAAGACAUCACUGAGAAGCAUGAAGGCAUCUUCGUAGAAAGCAUGUCUAUAGAAAUCAUUUCUGUCCAUUCUUAACCAAGUGGAAGACGCACGGGAGGCGCACUAAAGAAAGAAAAAAUAGGGACGGGAAGAGAAACGCCUACCGCUGAGUUCUAUCCCAGGAAUACACAACCUAAUAUAUGCCUAACAAAUGUCGUCCCCGGGGAGGAAUGGGCACACCUGGAAUUGACUAAGCCUUAAGUUUCGAAGAGAUUAUUAUUGUAACCAAAGCUUGUUUUUGCAGAGCCCUCUAUGGACAUUGACAGCAACCAAAGAACAAACACUUCUAACUACGAGCAGCCUGUUUCAGAAACUUCCCUUAGUAGUGACUGUGAAAUGAAAGCUGAUGCUGCAUCAGGAAAUCCGACUGAAAUAUUCACGAAUACAGACUCUCAGUCUAAAAAUAGCCGUAAGCGUAAAAUGCUUGAAUUCGCUUGUAAUCCAGGUAUGCAAAAACUUAGAGUUGUUUUUCUUGCUAUUGCUCAAUAGUACACUACUAUAACUAAAGGAGAGAAGAGGGAAGUGAUUGUUAGAUUACUAAAAGGUGCUUUUUCUUACAGGACUUGUUAUCGUUUACCCUUAUACUAUAGACGUUUAUUAUUGAUAAAUAGUAAAACUUAUAUAGUGCCGAUAUCAAUAGACGUUUGAUAGGCGCCAUUUUCAUCAGUGGUUAUAAAAAAGUUUUUAAGUAAAUAUUCAAAUAUAUUAAAGAUAAAAAUAUGUCGAACAAUAAAAUUAAAAAAAUUCCUUUGCAUGCUAAAACUGUACUAACUGCUUAAAACCUACUAAAAACAAGUAAAACCGUUACAUCAAAUUACAUAAAAGCUUUCUGGAAUGAGGGAAUCAGGGACACCCAACGACUGUUUUCUGUAAUGCCGGCUAUCUCUUUGGAGAAGAAAAAUAUUGCCUAGAAUUUUCUAUUGCUUGAACACGGCUAAUAAUUUCUAGAUGAGCGUUUCAUUCAGGUAUUAUUUUCGAAGCUUAUCUACAAAAUUCCCCACAAUUUUCUGAAGAUGAGUUUUUAUAUUUUACUCUUUAUGUUAGGCUAAUUUUUGUAGAAAGAGGACACCUAAAAGUUUCGGAUUCAAAAAUGUGAUGGAGAGAGGAAUAAGAAAAAUUAAACUUUUCGGGAAAAUAACACUGUAGCCCUUGAAAUUUCGAAAAGCCUCAAAUUCCCGUAGGAUGACCGAACAGAUACAAUUUUUUUAGCGCCACUUAGGAGGAAACCGUCUUUGGUUGUCCCUGAAAACUGGCAACUUAGGGGCCAAUUCCAAAGUUUAGGAGUAGCAACAGCAAAAGAGUGAUCUCCUAACGUGGCUUAAGUCCUGAAUUCUCCGCUAUGCCAUUAAAAAUAGCUUAGUGACAAAUAUAUGCGAACAAAACUCCCAAUUUUGCAAAUUGUAUCUUUCAUCGAAUUGCUAUAAACAGUAACAUUUCUUAGACAUUCAAGUAUGUGUCUAAUGUGAAUCUGUGAUAUCGCCCUAAAGUUCCCUUGUGGGGGCUUGGAUGAAUUUGUUAAUGCUCUUUAGCUAUAGUGAAUUUGCUUCAGUAGACUUUCUGUAAUAAUGAAUACCUUGACAAGAGCCGUCUCUUAAAUGCAGGUACUUCAAGUGAGGAUAGCGGAAUCUUUUUUAAGAAGCAAAUGCCCUCCAACAUAGCUAGUCAUGAAGGUGCAUCUUCCUUGGGAAAGGAAUCUCUUAACAGCUGGAGUAUGCAAAACAUUGCAGGAUCAACUUCUAGUAUAGGUAAAUGGAACAGGCUAAUUAUUUUGUUAGGUUGGGGCAGUAGUAAUGAAGGUUCAGGAAUAGUGUUUUUCUUAAAAGAUGGCCCACCUGGAUAUUGAGGAACAAAAACUUCAAAGUUUUAGCAUGUAACAAUGAUAUUAAAAAAACAGUCACCCUGUUAAACCCCGCUUUUCGGAUAACUCGUCAUUAUGGACACUUUCCUUUGUCCCUGGGUAAAGCCCUAACAUUUUCUCUAAAUUCUCUUAAUAUACGGGCAUCCCGUUAAUGCGGACAAUGGACACUUGUUUCUUGCCCAAUCAAUAGACUCUCGGCGACAAAAUUGUUGAGACGUUGUACUCAAAUAGGUUAACUUCAGAGAACAAAAGAAUCCACACCCCUCCCCUGUCCCCUCCAUUCAAAGUUGGGGAGUUUGUUGUUUUCUGUAGGUAGCUCGAACAGCGGCACAACAUUGCAUGGAGAGGAUGGGGGAGGAAAAGCUAUAUUUCCCCCUUUUGAAGUCAGUAAAACGUAAAAAAAGCCCAGUUGAGGGCGAAGUGUCUCAACUCAUUUUGUCGCCGAUUGUAGCUAAUGCGGACACUUCAUCAUCAACUUUGUGCUGUAACAGAUCUUUCCUUUGUGAAGGUGAAAAAAGUCGUUCAGUUGACAGUAUUUUGAUGUUUCCAGCGCCACACUGUACCGGAUAGGUUGAUUUUUAGCCUUCAAUUUCAGCAUCCUUCAGGUUAUGCAUGCAGUUUUGAUUAAGAAAUCAGUGGAUGAGGGAUUUUAAGUGACAAGGAUUUUUAUAGGUUGUUUCUGUAACCUACGUAUCUGUGGGUUGGGUAUCGCCUCUAUGUUUCGUACCAACUUGAAGAACAAUAGAUAACAUUUUUUUUUUAUUUCAAGUGCUUUGUCAAAAAUGAAAUUUGGAGACAAUACGAGUGAAUGAAUGAAUGAAAGGACACUUACAGUAAACUCGAAAUUUGAGAAUAAAAAGAUAAGUGUAGACUGUUCACAGUUCCGUAUUUUCCCGUUAAGAUCGUCGUACCCUUUCCCCAAAUAGUAAACCCUUUAAAAGCCUGCUCACAGUCACCUAUUGUCGAGAUCGACUGCUUUGCGUUACUGGCGGCCAUCUUGGUUUCAAAUGUUCUAAAUCUAGCCUGGCGAUGAGUGUCAAAUCUACUUACGGGGCGGGGGACGGUUUUGUACAUGGAACUAAGAUGGCCGACCGUACCGGUAAGUGCACAAUCCUGACGAUCCCACGAAAAAAAGGGGACAGUGAACAGUCUAGGAUCAGUGCUUGUGAAUUUCUAUUUUAUUACCCUGCACGUUUACAACCUUAAAACUUGUAGGACAUAUAAAACAAUGAUUAAUAUGUAGAACGGCGAUUUAUAAAAGCUCCUUAACUUGCGUUCUUUUCAAAGUAUUACUCAGUAGAGGUUAGGAAUUGUAAGGGAAGCGCCGCCACUAGAUACUGAGUGAUACAUGAUAACGUACGAAUUUACUAUGAAUUGGCACACCAGCUUUUAUAUUAUAUUAGUAAAUCUAUUGAGUUCUUCACGAUUUGCACCUCGCUAACCAUACUCUCAGCUUAAUAAUCGGCAGUUUCGUACGUCUACAUCUACUAAAUGGAAUCACCUACAAGUCCUUCGUGAUCUUUUGCUCAGAAAACAAACAAUUAUUACUUCUAACAGAAAUGAAAACAAGAAAAAUUUCAAUUACUGCAAAGAGUGAAUACACUUAAGAAGACAAGUCAUAGUAGAAUUAUUUGUAGUUGUUCCGUACUCUCGAUAAAUCAAGGUAACGCAUUGUGCAGAUGAUUCUGGGACACUGUCUGCAUCUCUACCCGUGUCUGUCGUAACAACUGUCUCUCAACGAGCAUCAAGAAAAGGUCAAUCCACUGUCCCUUGGCUCAAAGAAACUGAUCUUCAGUGUAAGCGAUCCAUUACUCUGAGCACAAAACAGGUGUUUUGAAGUAGUUGGUUUUAGUUUCGUUCGAAAAUUUGUAUUCUUAAUGUUUUUCAUAUGCAUAGGGUAUCCGAAUGAUUAUUUUGUAGUUCGUGCUAGUUUCUUAAUGUACAGUUCAUAGUCCAAGGUUAUUCAAUGUUUAGCCCACACUGAUAGUUCCCGCUGAGUUUUCGAGUAGUAUCGUCUAUUUCAAGGAUUUGUCAAACUUAAUUGUAGUUCCUUGAAGUAGGCAUGUUCGGGGAUUAUAGAAGGAGUUCCUAUUUUAAAUGCUUUGUCCUACCGAGUAGUUUUGCCGCUAGCAUUUUUCACUGGUUCUUUGGUUCUUAUCAAUGACGACAGUGUAGCAGUUCUGUUCCCCGCAAGUUAAGCCACAGGAUAUGCAAGGAAAAUUCUCAUGGUUUGCUAACCCAAACACGUAUACAAUUUGGUUAUUUAAUUCGCUGGUGAUGGGCUUGUUAGUGGGAGUUGAAUGUACACCUCUGUAAUUAUUGCACGAAAAUCUUUGUUAUCGUUGUAAACACAUGUGUCUGUAGGCGCUCUGUUGAUAAUAAAGCACUUAUCCUAUCCUAUAACGACAGCCCGAUAAAACGGGCAGCAGCUUCAUUCCCGGAAAAAAAAUACUACUGACUUUGGACCUAACAAACUCCUGUUAUUACGCACAAUCGCUGUUACGGCCUUACAGGCACUCUUUUUGGUCCCCAACAACACAAUUAGGUUCUCUUGAAUGUCUUUGGAAUGGAUAAGCGCCAUCUGUAAACUCUUAUAAUGAAAAAUGUAUUUUUCCAUGUUUUAUCACUAAUAAUCACUAUCUUCCUUUUUGGUUGGCCAAUGUAAGAUUCCUCUCUAGCGCAUGAGAUUUAAUCAGAAUUCAUUCCUCAAGAAAUCGUUGCUACCAAUUUUGUGAACCAGUGCUUUGUCUUGCGAGUGACAAUUUGACUUUUUUUUCGCGCGAAUUAGGUUGACGUACUCGUUGUAGUCUCAAAAUUAAGAACUAUUGCUAAGCAUAAUUGAUGUGAAGGUUUUAUUGAAAUGGUUAAAAUUCGUCGCAAACGUUCCACUAUUUAUGCCAGUAUUCAAUAUUUACUAGGACGUUUACCGUAAAACGGGGUUGAAGUAUUUUCUUCCCCCUGUUCUUUAGGAUCUGGUCCAACCGGCUUCUGCGGUCCAUGACUAUAAUACCAGGUAUGCCACUAAUUAAAACUUGUACAGACCAUCCUUCAGAACUAAUUACGGCCUUGCAAGAUUUAGUGUAGUGGCUUUCCAAACCUGGGAGACAAUAGAUCAUUUUCACAUGACGUCACGGCGGCCAUGUUUGUGUACAAAACAAUGAAUCGGCGGCCAUGUUAAUGUACAAAAAAAUUCCUGUGGGAAUUGAACUCUUUUCACAUGUUAAAACUUUCUUGUAUUCCAAGCAAUUUGGAAAGCUGCUGACCACGUGACUGAAGACGAUCUAUACCUACUUUUAAAAGAGAUUACAAACUCUUACUGCUUGAUAGUCAGUGAAUAACAUUCAUCUAUUCCUCUACCUUUGCUAUUUUACUAAUUAAUUUAUUAAUUAAUUAAUUUUUAACUUAUCAACUUAAUAGUCAACAUCUUUCUAUACUCUCUCCCUGUAAAAAUAGAUAAGUGAAUUGUACGAGCGCUGUAGUUAGUUUUGCAGAUGAAACCGCCUCUCAUUGGUAACUGUACCGUGGUAGUGCCAGAACUCCUUUAGCCACUACACACUUUUCCAGUGUAAAAUUUAUUGUAACAUGCAUACUAGCUCUGAUUUCCCUCUUUUUUAGUUCCUAUUAUUAUUGUAUCUAUGUACUUUUUUUUUUUUGAAUAAAUGUGAAUAAACUGAACUUGAACUUAAGCAAUUUAUUAGACCUCGAGCGGUCGUCCUUCCUUCCUCCGAGCCACGCAAGUCGAGGGAAAAAGUAAAAUUAGGCACGCCCCCCACGCGUGCUCCCGAUCUACUGUGACUCAAAAGAAAAAUAAGAGACUGCUCGCAGUCUAGCAGUUUAUCGCCUUGUAAUCGCAAAAAUGAAAGUGAUCAAGACCCAGAGCAAGCCCAACCCAAGCUAUUUCCCCAAGGGGGUCUUUGGGGAAAAGGUCUUGUUUACUUUGUUCCUUUUAAGUGAAAGUUCAAAUUAUAUUAACAACGUAUAUUUGUGUAAGUACGUACAAAAAUUUGUAUGAAGUUAUUGUGCAUUAUAAGUAUUUUGUAGUAAAAUUUUUAAAAAAUCUGUAACUUUCUUUUUAUUGAUUUUCAGGCGUUGUAAGUGCCUUUGUCAGACUUCUUAUUUCUUUGCAUACCCAAGAUUUAAGUGAUGAACAGCAAGAAAUAAUAGUUAAAGAUUUAGAACAUCGGGUGCAUAUGUACCAAAUAUUCCAUGAAGUUUCGACACCUGAUAGUAUAAGAGCCUUUACCGAAUAUUUGGAAAAGGCUUUCAAUCUGGCCAUACUGAUGGUGGAAUCUGGAUCUGUGAUAAUAACAGCGCAAUGUCACACCCUAGAGAGUCUUGAAAGUCUGUGGAAUGACUAUCAAUCUGGUCACCUUAAUGACAUCGCUGAGACAUUCCUGGUGACUGAUGAACUAAAGAGAAAGCUCGGGAUGCAAAAUAUCAGGUUGAAGACAACUAUAGAAGAAGAAAACUAUUUGAUCUGUAAGAAAGCUUUCAUGGAAAUCUCAGGUGAGCUGGGCAAUCUUGAUAGAGCUGGGUCUUUUGGCUUGAUAUGUUUGUACUUUGGAGCAGUUUUCCUGUAUGUAUUUGUGUAUCAAAUAUUUUAAAGCCAAUCUAAUGGAUAGCUAGUGGGUAAAAUGUUUUGCCAGAACUUUUUACUCGCGGCCCCGUGGGUUUGAUAGAACACUGAGCGCAAUAAUUCAGCCAAGUGUUACCACCUUGGCAGUUUACAAUGACAACUUUGUACUCCGUUGAAUGCAAUGUAUCACGUUAGUGGAAGGUCAUGCAACAACAACAAAUAUUGACAAACGCAAUUCCUUAGUUGGAAGGAUUGGGAUUGCUGCGGAGAAUACCUCUUACAGUACUCGUCACUCGUGUUUACUUUACUUUAUUGAAUUCGCCACGGUGACAGGGGAUGAAACAGGACUAACUUCCCACCCAGCUCAUGAAAGGUUGUACCACACCACCGGGGUAUACGCCCCCUACUCUUUACGAACAGCAGUGUGGGUUCUUUUACGUCUUUUAAGAAUCACAACAUUGAAAGAGCUGUGAGACGGGGCCUUGGGGGCAUCUUGUUUUCACAAAUAAUAAAACAUUACCCGAGGGUGUCCGCUUAAAACAAGUUUUAAUGGCCGUAAUAACUGGUAUAUUGUUGUUGGUAACACUAUCGUUUUUAUCACUAGGAGUAGCAACUAACACCGAAACUUCAUCUCAAGCAGUUGAUUCAGGUCAGGUAGAAGAUGCAAGGUUGUAUGGAACAAAGUCAGAAAUUGUGAAGGUAAGAAUAUUUUCUUUAGGAACUUGUGAAACGGGCGAUGUUAUCAGGCAGUUAUGUAACAAGGUGGUAAAUUGUAGAUCCAAACAUUUCUUAUCAAGAAAUUAUAUAUAGUGUUUGCGCCUUGUAUUUUAUAAUCGUAACCUGAAAAAGCGCCGUUAUGGAUUACUGAAAACAAAAUGGUGAAUAGGGAGGGUUGCUAGUUAGUUUUUAGGAAUUGUACCAAACAAAUACAGUCAAACCCCGGCAAAAAUACGGACACUGAGGGGGCCAUAGAAAGUGUCCGUGGUAACUGUAUGUCCGUAUUAAGCGAGUUGGAUAAGAGAAAAUGAAAGGGCUUUCUUUCCUCAGGGACAAAGGAAACUGUCCUUAAUAACGAGGUGCCUGUAUUAAGCGGGUGUCCUUAAAGCGGGGUUUGACUGUACUAAAAAGAACACAUUUAAUUUAUUAGUUUUAUUUAUUUAUUUAUUUAUUUAUUUAUUCAUUUAUUUAUUUUUAUCAUCCUAGGAUAAGAAGCAGGUCUUGACACCUAUGGCCAGAGCUGAGAAGGCUAAAGUAAGCUCAGUGGGAAGUUAAUUAAGAUACAUUUUGUAGUGUGCGCGCUUUGUGUAUUCCAAGGAAGCAAAAAAGUUUGAAAAACGUCUCUCGAUGCCACAUUGUUAACGGCUUACACAUAUAUCAACCUCAGCAGAGCGCAGCUUUAUUAUGAGUUGCAACAUUGUUAUUUAACUGUACACAUUUGCGAGCCCUUUUACAGUGGGUCGCCCUGGAGGAUUUUUUUCUCAGUAGUGAGACAGUGUAUCAUUACCUUCAGUAUUCAUAUAGAUGCAGUUAGUAAAGUUUAAUUUUUGGAACGAAGAGGGAUUAAAAUUAAAUCCAAGGUGAGGUUUUAUAACCGAGUGUAAGGUUGGUAGACUGAUAGAUGUGGUUUUUAUCAACAGGAUUAUGUAAUAGUUUUACAAUUACAUAAAAGAAUGUUUUUUAAAUAGGCAUCGAGAGGCCCUCUACACAAGGCUUCUAUCAGUGGGCAAUAUGAGACGAUCAAAAUGCUUCUUGAAAGUGGCGAAGACGUGGAUCAAAGAGAUCAGGUUUUAGUCCUCUCAACAGUUUAUGUAAAUUUAAUGUUUAGCUGGAUCUCUUGCCUUUGCUUCGCUCUUGGAUUCUUGAAUUCCUUUCUUGUCCUGGCUUUGACACAUUGACUUCCGCGCGAGAAGUUUCGAGUCAAUGAAGAGGGGAAUAACGAGAGCCUGAAAGAAAGGCUUUGAGUAUUACAUGCCUUGCGUUUCCAAUAAUACUUUGAUUGGUCGGUAAUGAAAGGUUCCAGUAUUGUGACAAACAAUAGGACAGGACUGAAGAACAAAAUUGAACGGCUAUGUCUUUGAAAACCCUGCAUUUGUUGACAGUUUCAGCAAAUUCGAAUUAUCUGUCAUUCUCUGUAUAUCUUUAAAACAAGCUCAAACACAGUUCCCCUCGAAGGGUUUUAACUAAAAUGGGGAAUGAACGCAUGUGACAGAGAAAUGGAACCAAGCAUUGUUUCCAUAUUUCAUUGUGCCGUUCCUAGUGCUCUUCCUGUGUCCCCCGUUUCAGUACAAUCGAACUAGAAGACUUCGGACAACUUAGUUUUUUUCGUGGUGCGUUGUGCGAUAAUACAACGUGCAUCCCACUUUUUAAGGUCAUGUUCUUUGGUAGGGUUUUUUGUCUUUGUGGUAAUUGUUUUACUUUGCUGUUGUUGUUGUUGUUUAGUUAUUUAUUUACAUACUUUAGGGAAAGAGCACCCUAAAUGAGAUAUAAGUAUGACAGGUACAUAUGAUAAGAAAGUGAUAAAAUAUUAGUUUUUUGUUAAAGUAAAACAAAAAAAGAGCUAAAUAUUGGAGUUUGCAAUGUUUUUACUUUUGAAUUUGAAUUGUUUGAGCCCAAAAGUCUUGUCAAAAGUACAUUGAAAGAGAUCGCGCGGGUGAUUCUAGUCCUAAAAAGGGCUGCGGUUAACGAACAUUCCGAAAACCACUGCAGUAUUCGAAAAAAACUCUUGAGAUGAUUUCCACAUCGUAAGAUGGCUCUGAUGAUGACUUCUAUACAAAAUGUUACCGGAAACAUCAGUUAUGCCCCCAACAGUUUGACUCACCCAGACAAUUACAUUCAAUCCACUUUAAAAUUUUCAAUUUUAUUUUGACCCACGAAGGCCGAUUACUUAGCCACCCUUUCAACUUUAUCUAACUACGUUUUUCCUUUUUUGGUAGUUUUCUUUGACUCCUCUUCAUCUUGCCUGUUGGUAUGGACAGGAAUCUGUUGUCAAACUGUUGUUAGAACACGGUGCGAACGUCAACGCUGAAGACAGGGUGAGAUAGGGAACGUUUUCUUCCUUUUUUUUUUUUACAUUGGAUCAAUAAGUUGCUUGAGAGGGUUGGUGCGAAGGAAGUUGUUGUGUUUGUUAGUAUUUUUCACAUAAGAAUCUAGUAGUAACUGCGUAAUAACCUUUAAAAGGCGGUAUUUUUCCCUUAGCGAACUCGCUGUUAUAAUUAACAUGGUACAAGUAUUUACAAAGGCAAUUUGUUAAUUAAGUUUUUUCAAUGUAUUACUACUGUUAAUUGUUUUUAUUUGAUAUUCUCGAAGAAAUUGGAGCGACAGCACAGAAGUACAAAAUAAGAAUUAAAAAAAUAACUUGAACUUAAAAACAAUUACCCUUUGGAUUUUUUUUAUCUUUGCCUUUUUUAAUACUUGUAUCUUCAUGAGUUACAAAAUGUUUAAAAGAAAAAAUAUUUUUACAUUAGUGUUGAAAAUGUUUGACUGUCUUUUUUUUCUUUUGUUUAUGAUAGAACACGUUUCUUUGCGCGGGAUCCUCUACUCCCACCUUUAUUAUUCAAACAAGCCUUUACGUUUCUUUAUAAUUCAUUUUACUUCUCUAUCGCGUCCAUACGUUGAAAAUGCAUGAUCUCCGGUGUAAUCUUUAACGGUGAUUGCGCUUGAAUUGCAGUACACUUGUGACUGAAGAACUGCGUAUUAUUUAUGCUAUUUCUAAUUAACAAUUCCUUUCCUUCCAUUUUCUAGUUUUAAUACAAACAAAAAAAAAACAAACAACGUAAAAAGGCUUAGUUCCAGCAAGCUAACUUAAUGGCUUUUAUUUUUUUCUUUUUUAAUGAUUUAUUGGACGUUAGAUCUUGUCACAGAACAAUUGAUUAAUUAAGCCAAUGCUAAACCUCUAUGUUUGGAGAUGAGAGUAGAAGCGAAAUGUAGAGAAUUUGUGAUUUUUCUCGUUAGCUCAACUCUACAAUUUUUGCAAAUGAUUGCACUUUGUACUGUACUUCCUUCUCUACACAUACCGGUUCGCCCCAUGUAAGGGAAUCCGGAUUCCGGAUUCCGGAAUCCACGAAAUUUUUGCUCGUGGAAUCCGGAAUCCAGCACUAAGAAUCCGGAAUCCUGCUAAAGAUUGGAAUCCGGAAUCCAACUUACUAAAGAUCCACUCCAGAUUAAAUUGAGCUACUCGCUCGAAAGAAAAACCAUCAGUCUAUGGAAAGCCUCCCUAGGGUAUAGACCUGAACGUAACGACAUAAUAUCGGCAUAUCUGGUGUCAAAACAAUAGUUCAGGAGCUCCAUAUGAAACGUCGAGGUCACCUGAUUAAAAUUCUAUAAUAGCGAGGGAACCCUUGCUUAUGAGCGGCUGGGAGGAUCACAAAGUUCGGGGUUUUCAAGGGAACACAGCGCAGCCUUUUUAAGGUAUAAAUUGAAUUGUUAUGAAUAACUUUGACCUCUGGCUAUGUUUGAUUCUCUGUUGUUCACUCGCUUCGCUGAACUUUAAAAAAUCAAAAGCGAUUUUAUGCGAGCUUUUUGACCAGGCAUAGGACUGGAAAAGGUGCACCUGGGGUAAACCUUUUCUUGAACCUUCCUGGUUCACGAAUGAAAAUAAACGUCUACGUUCAACAGUUUACCUAAAAAGAAAAAUAAAAGAAAUUCACAGUCUCCUAGUGCCUAAUUUGGUCCUAGUAGUUUCGCUGAGAACAGUUUCAUAGUUUCGAUAAUCUUUAUUUGAGAAAUAAACCAGGAACUGUCAGAACCGUACCAAUCAGCUGUCACUAAAGUAAUCACGUCCAAGGACGCGGUCGGGUGCCUUUUUCAUUCAUCCCCCGGCAUUCGAGUGAAAUCUCGCCACCUCUUCGAUCAGACCAGUUUGAAGUUUGUUGUUUGUUGGAUUUUUCUUUUCUACUUUUUCUUUUUUAAAAAAAGACGUUAUUGGUUUUAUUGAAAUCUCGCCACCUCUUCGAUCAGACCAGUUUGAAGUUUGUUGUUUGUUGGAUUUUUCUUUUCUACUUUUUCUUUUUUAAAAAAAGACGUUAUUGGUUUUAGCUGACUGCGAUAGAUCUAAACGUGCCAAAGGCAAAGCUGCAUGAUUUUUCGUUUGUGUCAAUCUGUGGACUGUGCUGAACGUGGCGGCAAGCGAGUCACUAUCAUUAACAAAAGAAACGUUAAGUGUGUAGUUUUAAGCCUGCUGAUUGAUUUUUUUCUCAAUCAUAAUUGAAUGUAAUAUAAAUUUUACGUCGUCCUUGGGGAAAAUAUCGUAUAUAUGAGCGCUAUAUAUAGUUGUUAAACGCUUAAAACGAGCCAACGCGUGUCAGUCUCUCGAUCUCUCAGUCAUCUCAGACUCGAUCGAGGAUCAAACGGACUUUUCAUGUUUUCUGGUUCUACAGUUGUAAUUAGGCCUAGUUCACACUGAGGUUGCUUUUGGAAAUUAGACCGAUCUGAGGUCGGUUUAGCCCGUAAUCUUUUUUUCUUUGAAAUAGAUCCUAGGUCCACCUAGAACGCGCUAAUAUGAAAUAAAACUCGCGGGGGAUUUCAUAAUGUCAUACUCAGAUCUCUGACUUAUUGAUGAAGCCAAAGGCGAGAUCUGGUCAAAUCCGAUUUUGUACCCGUGAUUGCCUGUCAGAAAUGUUAGAAAGAGCGCAUGCUUGAAAUUAAUCCCCAAGUUUUGACGUGUUAAACAACGAAUUUGAUAGAGCCGUGAAGUUUUUUCUAUCAAAACGUGGUUAUGCGCACAUCUUAAGUAUGAACCAACUAAUUUUUGUGUUCUUUUUUAUCUUUUUAACAUCAAAUUCAACGCGACAACUGGGGCCAGAUCUCGCCUUUGGCUUCGUCAACAAGAGAUCUGGGUACGAGAUUAGGGAUUUCAUUGACUUCUGGGGCGAGGGGGGAGGGGGUGGUUUGCUCUCGCAUGCUGUCCAGCAAGGAAUAGGAUGCUUGCGUAGCGUAAGUCAGUGAAGAACAAACAAUCGAAAACAAGUUCAGCUCUACAGUUUUGACUGAACGCGGGCAAAUAAGGCUAUCUUUGACUACGUUUUGAGCCGUUUUGUCUACUAAGCCACUUUUUGAACUCGAUUUAAAUGGUUCAGCAACGACUAGACCAAAUAACUGAUAGUUUUAGGCUUGCAGACUGUCAAGAGUUAACUUUUUUCUUUAUUUUGACCAGUCAAAAACGUCGAGACGUGACAGCGUAAAAAUAUAUUUGGUGGAUCAACGUGGUCCGGCCACAGUCUGAAUUUUUUUUUUUUUGAGCCAUGUUAUCAUUCUUAGACAAUUUUGUGACACAGUCAACUUAAGUCACUUUAGGGCCGCGCUGACCGGGACACCACUUUUGUCAGCUUGAAGUCCAAUUUAAUCUUCUGUAGUGCUCUCUUUAAUUGUCAAUCUUUUACUGAGUAUAUAUGCUUAUUCCGUCGUAGGAGAAGUGUAUUUUAUUGUAUUUGGCUAAAAUUCGUGUCUAAGUGAUAUCUAAUGCACGUGUUGUACAGCUUACAGUGUCUCUAUAAAUGAAAGCUUAACAAAAGAGGCAGUAACCGAAUUUAGUUUUUUGCGCUAUGACAAUGAUUCCAAUAAAAAGUAGAAAGAGAAGGAAAAACAUUGUCCAAAACAUGUUAAGAAACCAAGCUUUUCAUCGUGAUAGUUUGGAGGUGAUUAGCGAUUGGCGGCUUUUAACGUUUAGUUCAGUUCUAUUACUUUGAAAUACUGUUUUUCUGUUCCAAAAGAAUUCGCAAACAUGUUUCGACGUAGCCUGUUCCAGUCGUUCGGACAGGACAAGGAAAACUACGAAUGUAACGACAUACAAACAAAAUGAACCUUCUAUUGUAUUAUUGGUGGAUGGCAUAGAUAGGAAAAAUUGAUUUGGAGUUACACACGAACUUGUUAGGCCGUUUUCUUGCAAAUUGCAGCUCGAUUUUCCCUGGCAAUGACUGUACCUUUUCCCAGUACUUUAUUAUGCAACAAUCGAAUGAAUAAACGUGAAUAUUUAUAUAUUUAUAUUUCUGCUAAUUAGACAUUUUUCUAUCUACAUGACUGAAAAUAGAGUUCGCAAAAAUAGAGUAAGUGAAAAAUAGAGUCUUGAGGUCAAUCUCACUCUCUACUAAUCACUAAACCAGCUCCGAGAUCCUCGAUCCCUAAUCAUAUGGAGAUUUGGACUAGAUUAAUCGAAGGACAAAAUUUAAAAUUGCGAUGUCGGUGUUUUGCCAGUCGUUUUUUGGCGGUGAUGCAAUGUUUGUUAUUUUUUUUUCCGCGGUAUUGCGGUGUGGACAGUACCCCAAUGUCCCCCUCAUUAUUAUACCUUAAACCUUUUACAGAACAAUAAAACAUUUCUUCACGUAAUUUAUAAAUCGAAAAAGAAAACAAACUUGGUAUGCAUCAAAAACAACUCUUUAAAUAUAGCAAGAUUCGAACACAAAGCGAAAUGCAAAGAAAAGCAUUAAAACAGAAAAAAAAAUUUGGAAUCCAGCCCUUUUUGGAAUCCGGAAUCCAGUACUCGGAAUCCGGAAUCCACAGGAUGAAAUCCAGAAUCCAAGACUGUCAUGGAUUCCCUUACAUGGGGCGAUACCGGUUGUUAGCAUGUUUCCAUGGUAAAAUAGCAAAUGGUAAGUAAAGGGUUUUACUCUGCUUAUUAUGUUUUUAGUUUCAACGUACACCUCUGCAAAAAGCUGAACGUCAAAACCACCACUCCAUAGUGCAGUUGUUGCAGAAGAAUGAUGCCAGACCAAGUCUUCAUCAACCAGUAAGAUAUCAGAUUGUGUCUUUAUUCCUGUUUCCUUUUUGCGAAAUCUUCUUUCAGAAGACUUUUUUAUGUAUUUACUAACAAUGUUGAACGUUAGAUGUUAUCGGAUGAGUUUUUUCCUCUCUUGUAUGUUAGGCACCGUACAUUUUUUCUUGUCUUCACUAACAUUAAUUUUAUAAUUCGGUUGCAUCCAUUGGUUGGCAAGGGCCCAGAAUUUUUUCAGUGGUUUCAAAACAAUACCCUAUUUGAGGACUCAAAAUUCUCUCAACAAUUUUGUCACUGAUUGUUACUAUUGCCAUGCUUAUGUUAUAGUUAAACACAUUGCUUCUUUUGAUCCUGUGUAAUCUUUUUUUCAAUGCACAAAAAAGGGACCGUUCCGUGUGUCUGUGUGUGCGGGGCUGGGGGUGGUUUGGGGCUGUUGGCAUUUGACACGGGUGCCAUUUGGGACUUUAAAGUGGGGCGUCAGGCGAAAAGAUUGGGUGUGGAAGGGCGUAAUUUAAUAAAUUCCUUCAAGGGUUACGGGUCACUGCUCCACCAUACAAUACAUUUGCGCGCCAUCAUAUUUUAAAACAACAUGGUCGUCCUCACUUGGUGUACCAUCCAAUACAGAGUUCGAAAUUUGAGAACCGAUUCUCAAGGAGCACUAUAUAUAUCCACUGGAUAAAUUACUAUCCAUUAGGAAAACCAAUUGCGCUAUCUAGUAGAAGGAGAUUUAUUGUCUGUAGUCUAUUGUCCUCCUUUUGGCUUAAGGAGUUUUUUAGUUUUUUUAGAUAUACAGGCAACGGCGAACUAGAGUCAAAACAAGUCAAAACUUCUCAAAAGCUAACUUCAAUUGGAAACCAACAAAAAGUGACCUCAAAUACUUACUUGCUCGAUGAGUUUCGUCUGCUCCGGGAUUGACAUUGACACCUUUUGAACAACUGGGGAAAGACUGGUCAACUAAGUCGCGAUGUUAUUGGUCGUUUGCAAUUAAGCCGUGAUGUUAUUGGCAAUGAGAUUCGUAAUUUUACUGGUUCGUUCCGAUCCAUCUGUGUUCCCAGUUAAACGGUCGUUUAUUGUUAGUCAAAUCGUCGGUUGUCCGGUCAUUUUCUCGUAGUUAGUUUCUUUCGAGUCCGUCAAUAUGUCAUUUGUACGGUGCCCGUAACUGUUGAGUACAGUUCAGUGGCGUUUGUUCUAAGUCAGUGAACCAGUUUUCUAGAGUGAGUCGUUGAUAGUAGUCUGUAGAAUAGGUAAUACAUGUCGCAGAGUCCCAGUCGAUUUGAUGUUUUGUCUGUAAAUGAUUGUUGACGUCACUAUUUCUUGUCUCUCGUUUGUAUUCAGUCAGUUCAGGUUUCUGCCGGUUUCAUCAAUGUAAGUGGCGUGCCAGUCGCAGCAUUUGAUGCUCCCUGUCUGUUUUCGGUUUGUCUUUGUCCUUGACAUUAGUAAGAAGUCGUAGUUAAAAGUGGUUAUCGGUUGUAAGGUAUAGUAUACGGGCAAUAGUUUCAGAGGUGCCUCUGAAGUACGAUAUAGUCGCUGUCGUAACAGGGCCAGAGUUGAAGUUGGUUUUAGUUUUGGAGUUAGCUUUACUGUGAGUGUUUCGUCUAUCAGAGUCCGCGUUGUAGUUGUUUUUACUACAAACGUUGUUAAGGUAGUCGGUCCGGUCUUGUAGGCUGUAAGGCGAGUCACGUCGCAAACUAGUUGCGCUCGUCUCGUCAAAGUCCGUAUAGUUGUAGCCUUUCGGAUUGUACGAUGACUGGUUUAUUAAUCGGUCGGUAAGUGUCGGUUUUCUGUAAAUUGUCGUUCGUAGCCUGUUGUUGUCGCGAGUGACCCAACGGUCUGGAAAAGGUAUAUUCACAGUUUCAUCGAUCUCCUUCAAGACAAGACUGACUACCUAAACAACGUCCAAAAUACUUAGCUGUUCAGCUAGCGCCCCAGUAUCAAGAUCUUUGCUUUAUGAUGCUUCCAGAAACUUGAACUCUGACUCGUAGUCGUCACUAUAAGCAACUGCGCCUUAACCAAGAUGGUCUCCCUCUGGGCGUAGGAGCUUAAGCUUUCCUAGUUAAAGCGCUGGUCAAUAGCACUGACCGUCGUAACAGACCCUUCUACGCCUCUCAAAUGAUCUUUGGCAGUAAGGGAUAGAUUGGGCACCAACCUCUAGUCUGAGCGAAGUGCGUCGUUUCUGUGUAGCGUUGGCUCGCCAACCAGGCCUUGACUCACGUGGACAACGUUAUCGUUGAAGAGGUCGAAGCCCUAAUCAUUGUGCGUUUUCGUGAGCGUUUCUUUUGUUAAAUUUGCCAGGUGUUGUUCACUGACAGCAGCCAUCUUUAUCUUUUAAAGUCUUAUCGGUGUGGAAAAAAAAAGCUACUUUCCAAGGUGCAAGCCAAAGAAAAAACUAUAUCUUCCAUUUGGGCCUUGCAUCCAAUCAUCUUUGGACGAGCCAUCGGGGCGUAAUCAACCCGACCAAAAAAGUAGUAGAGCCUCUCCCCUUUCGCCGUCUCUGAAUAGAAUCUCGGAAAAUGUGAGCACUUCUUGGACUUCUACCGUACUGGUUUAAUUUUAUACUGCUGAGGAACUCAGCAUUUGUUACACAACAAAGCAGAACAAAAUCUUCAACAGCAAAAUCAAUAGCUCACCCGAGAUAACAAGCCACCGGUAACGACGGGUGAGGAGGUUAAAGGACAGGGUUGGGAGGCAAGGAACCCGAAGCGCUAUCCCAGCUAAAGUCAAAGGUGGAAAGACUUACUGGGCGACUUCCAAAGGAUAGAGAGUCCUUGAAAAAAAAUUAACUCUGGCGGACUCUUUGGUAGACCAGGUGAGAAAUGUCAAGCGGCAGCCUUGAGCAUCAAAAGGGGCGUCAAACCCAGGCCAAUAAAGCGAUGUAAUGAGGGCUCCCUUUUCGAGCUUAUUCUAAACACGAAGGAACAGUGUGCUGAGUAUUGGCGGAGAGGGGGGGCGUCCAUGAGAUUAUCUCCUGAAGGAACAUACACCAAGGACAGGGCAAUAAAAAGUUGCCAACUUAGAUGAUAAGGUGACGUCGGAAAGAGCUUUCCUCAGCUGCCUGCACCUUGAUUUGUCCAGGUGCGAACUAGCAGUAGAGUGUACACGUAGGUAUCAACUUGGUAUCGAGGCCAGAAGCGACUUAACACUAGCCAAGAGGCUUGGAAGCGGGAGGCGCUCGGACCAGUACUGUCACGCACUUCUAUGGAAUUUCCACACUCAACAGGGAAAUCCCACCACCCCAUCCCGAAUUCAGCACAUCACAAAAAGGACCGCUAGCUCUUAUUACAUGCCCCUCUUUAAAACAGGGGAGACAUCUUGUCAGAUACUUUCGACAAAUCUCCAAUAUAGAAUACCCCUUAGAAGGACGGAAGACACAUUAAUGACCUUACGGGAAGCUUGACGAGAUGGCAAGAUACGAGGCACGGGUGUAAAGUAAAGCUGCAAGAACAAGGUGGUUUUGCCUGCGAGCGGUUGCAAACUUCCGAGAUCCACAGUAUCCUGUGACAGGAUAAAUGACGCUCUUUUAGAGCGUAAGACCUUAAAAGGCCUUCAGCUUGAGCUUCCCGUGUCCUGGAAGGACGAACGCUAAUGAAAGGGAGUACAACCAGAAAAGUAAACUAGGCAACCGACGCACAAGCAGGGGCGGAAGACGACUUUCUGGAAUUUUCAGCGCCUUGUGAACCAUAACCUGGCCUGCACGACAAUCACUUAAUAGGAAUAGGAAUAGGGUGAACUCCAAAGAAUAUAAUGUAACUAGUGGCCAAUAAACCAGUUGUGUGAUAGCCGUAGGCACUACCCUCCCAGCCGAGGGGAAGGGUGCUAUACGCGAUAACUUUUCCACGUAAGCCUGAAUAGGGUUCGGCUGGACGUAGAAAGACGAAUAUGAACAUAGCCACUCAUGACGUCACAAACGCUCUUUUGUGGCCACGAAUAAGGUAUCUAGGAUGAUCAGAAAGGCGAACUAAGAAAAUUGGCAGUCCUUGAUAUACAAAUUUAUAAAGCGUCUAUCGUGGCGCAAUUGCGAUUCUAAAGGCUCGACAGCUAUGAGCAUGACGAGAUAAGGGGGUUGAACCUCUCAAACCUUGACCCAAAAGUGCCAUUUCUUACGCAAUCUGUAAUUGUAGUGGAAGUAAAUUCCUCAAACCCAGCUAUGAUGAAAUUCAGUUCCAGGGGGAAACGGUGCGACGUAAAAUUCCCCCUCGAAUCUGCCUUAAAAGGCAAUCUUCACACACUUACUCUCGUACUAAACACAUGGGCUCUUCAUGGGGAAGAACUUCCGAAAUGAACUCCCAUUGAGCUAAACUGUUGGUAGGUUCUCUGGAUAUAAAGGAAGACUGGUAUCUUAAGACAGGGAUACGGCUGAAUGAGGACACAAUUCGGCCCGAUCAGGCGAGGGAGCUAGGCCGACAAAACUGGUGGGCUUGCCCUCCCCCACUUGCGCUACUUUGCAUGAGCAGUAAAUUGCAAGAAAGGACCCCAAAAAAUGUCCAAAGAGGUAAUUACCGACAUAAAAUAACGGAAAACUAUGUGAGCGAGGGAAGCCCACCAGAAUUUCCGGCCUUAUGCAACCUCAAAGAGGCAUGAAAGGCAUUAGACACCCGUACCCGCAAUGGAAGACUAACGAGAAGAGACAAGAGAAAAAUAAAACAGCUUCUUUAAUUGCAACAAGGCAACAUCUCAAGAUCAAAAUGAAGUACAAAAGGUUUUAAAUUCCACGUAUUGACCACAAUUAAAACAGACUUCCGCAACAUGAUGCUUUAUGCAACUGCAUUUAAAGAUCUGGGGUUACAAAACGACCCAAAAGGAGAGGGUAAAUAAACAAGCCGAGCGGUAAGUAAAACGACAUACAAUAUAAAACUUGAGAAAAUUAAGAAAGGGAAAAAUUUGCAAACUAAGCCGACACGGACCAACUGACAGCGGAAUUAUUACAAAUGCGGGGCGGCAAACAGAAAAAACAUAUCAGACCCGCUGGGGAACUGGAUGGGUGAUCAUAGGCGAGCGAACUAGCCGCUCUUUUCCCUUCCAUUUCUUCCGCUUUCCAGUCAAAUUUUAACCGUAUGUUCGCAAGGCGAAGCGCACAUAGCAUUAUAUCAACCGAAGGAUGAAAAACAACGGGCCAAGAGUACAAACUAAAAACCAAGUAGAGGAGGCUGCCCGACUGGAAACACCGGUAUAGGCUCAGAACUGAAAUCAGCCGACGUGACAGUAGGCCAUAGCGACUAAGGCAAACUGGAGAGACAAGUAAACGUGGUGGAAGCAAACUAGAGGGACAAGAAAUUAAUUUAGCUUGUGCGGGGAAGCAACAACAGCGUUAUUGGACAGCCGGAGAAGGAACAGCAGCAGGUGGCACUUCGAAAAUGUAAGCAGGAAAAACUACGACCGGCAAAAGAAGUUGUUCAUCGGCAAAGAUAAGGAAUAGCAGGAAAAACAAUCCUUCCGCCCUUGCAGCCAAACUGGACUAAUUUGCUUACACACGUGUUUAUUUAUAUUAUCAAAUCAAUGGAGAAACGCACACCCACGCCUGAAAUAGAUCUCUCGCUGCUAAUUCGUCUGAAUUAAGGCCAGUGUUACGCGAGCGAGGACUGGGAAUAGUGCUUUUGUUUCUCACGUUCUUUUGUGUUCGUGUUUCGAUAAGUGGCGUUCGACCUUUAAUCGGGUAUGAUCGGUAAAUUUUCGGUGUGACUUUUUUUUUACUUAGUAGUGGAAGCCCGCGUAAAAGAACAACUUCGUUUAUUGUAACUGGGAACUUCAAAUUUUUUUUCCGCAAAAAUCUGUCUAUUACUUUACGGUCAGAUAUCAACAGAAACGCUCUUUUAACUGAAAGGCAUCUCAUGGUCCUAUUCGAGGCUUUGUCUGCUUUGUUCCUUGUUUACCAUCAGGGGCAUCCAAUAAAUCUGUUCCUCAAAAUAUCUGUUCUUCAGGCAAAUUUUUGCUGGCUUGGGGAUUUGGGAAAAUGAUAUGUCCGUAGAGGGAAAGUGUUGCUUCAAAAUAGACAAAUAAGGGUGUUGGAGGGGAUUUGGUGUCUAGAAUAGCUGGUAUAUGCUAUUUGUCAGAAACCUUUUCUCUUCCCCUCUCUCCCUCCCCUCCCACUGAAGGGCUGAAUUUUGCCCUAUGACCACACCCAAACUCUCUAAACAAGUGAGCGCAGCGAACGAGUGAGUUUGCGAUUCUUCAUAACAAGUGAAUAAAAAUCGUAUAAGAGAAGCAAUCAUGAAGUUAUCAUUGUUUAUUUUAUAAGUGCUGAGAUUUCUCUCCAAAAAUUAUGACAAAAGAGAUUAGACGAUGAAAUGAAUUUAAUUCACUCAAAGGCUUAGACUAGUUUACAAAUUGAACAUUUUUUUCAAAUUUUUUAGACGAUGAACUGAGUUUUACACACUGAAAAGCGUAAAAGCUUCAACAUUUUGUCUUUUCAAAAUUUCAGCUAAAGGAAAAAAUGAAAAUCAUAAAAGCUAUUUGAAAGCUUAUAUAACAAUGCAUUACAAAAACGAUUUUAAAGUGAAGCUUACUCACUAGGCCCGAUUACCAGCCGCUGUUCGGGAAAAUGAGCCCGCACUCAUCCCCCGAAAGAGCGGCUGGACGCGCGCGAUUUCCUUUGUUGGUUUAAGCCAAUCAUGUUACCGCCUGCAGAUACAGAUAUUAUCACAUCAAAACAGAAAGUCCUUCCUUCAUCCAUCGCAUGGCGAAGCGAUUUCGACGGCCCGGAGACACUAGGCGAAAUUCUAGAGUCUGAAGGAACACAACGUUUUGUUCGAUUGUUUGUUGUGAACUUUUCUUUUAAUGAUUGUGGUUGGAGAAAUUUAGCAUCUUCAAGGAUCUUUUCAAGGCACUUCAGGUCUCGAUUACUGUGUUCGUUACAGAUGUAACCGUCCACGUUUAUUUUUGACAGAGGAACAUUCAAUACGCUGGAAAUUCUGUCUGGUAAAUCAGAAACUUUUCCAUUUAAUUUAGUCCGCUUCCGAGAAUCAGUUAGUUCGGACCCACAGAAAUCCAACAUUCGAAGAUCAAAGAAAAUUAACUACAUGUCGGAGUGUACAGAAAUGUACCGAAGAAUCUUUUUCGCAAUGUAUGGAAAUGUACUGAAAAAACUAUUUCGAAAGUCAUUUGGGUGGGUAAGGGAGCGCUUGAUGCUAUUUUGAGCCAAAUAAAUAAGAAAAUUGGAGACCGGUUUCACUUCAGGUGAUAUCACAGACAAGGUCAACGGGUCACCCGUCCAGCCGUCUCUCUUCGGGGAGGAUCAAAGACCGGACCCGGGAGACGGCGGAAAUCGAGCCUACUUACUCACCAUCGUUGCAACGCUUCGACUAAGCUGGUAGAGAUUUCUUUACAGUGAGCUUUGAGGACUGAUUAACUGUGUUGAUGGGAAAGAAGUAGCUGCUCCUUGAAUUACAGCACCGGUGAAUAAUGCUUUAGAUUGCAGCGAUAAAUCUAUCAAUCGAUCGAACCGACGUCCCUAAACCUUUUCUACAACUUGAAAAUAAAAAGGCGGCUUGCCAGUUUUUGCGCUAAAAGUGAGAUGGUUUCCCGUACGAUCACUUUUCACUACUGAAAACACAUCGUUCCUCCACUCAGACGCCGCUAUAAACGAUGUUUUUCACUAGUGACAGUUCACCGUUCGCGUUGCUGAUUGGCUGUGACGAAAAACAGAACGAUUUUUUCAUCACUGUCAUUCUGUGAGCAAAUCUCAGUUCUUAUAUCAUGAAGAGAGAGAGAAUCAUACGGUUCAGUCUGUAGCCGCGCGAUCAAUAGAUUGGAAAUUCCUCAAACGGAUCUGUAUGGACCAAGCCUGAAAGAGUAUCAAUGGUUUUUUGUGAGCUAUACGCCUACGAUCAGGUGAAGACUUAAUUCUACACAGAAACCGAAAAAGUCAUUCUUAAGAAAUGAUUUUACUUUCUCUCUGACAUGAUUUGUAUAUCAAAAAGAGCAAUCAAUUUUCAUGCUCAAGGCAUAUGGAUAUCCUAGUACUACAAAGAUAGGCCAGUGAUGACCAUGGAUCCCGUUCUCUCAGAUUGUUACACAUGGUACUUACCUUGAGUGUGAAUACAUUAAAAGAACCGUGACUUCGUCGUAAAUAUGCGGCACCCGUGAAGGACGCAAAAGCUAACCCUUUUUAAGUAAAUUACUUUAAGGUUUAAAACGUAAAGCUUUUUAAAGUGUAAAAUAAUUAUAAUUUACUUUUACUGGUAUCGCUUGUAAUAAUAAUAAUAAUAAUAAUUAAAAUUUGCAACGCGCUAGUUUCCGGUAUAUAAAUUAUCACGUUUGCGGUUUCUGAUUUGAUAGUAAAAAUUAUUAAUAAAAUGGUGCGGUAAAAAACUCACAGUUUCUGUUUUUAAGUGUCAUGCCCUUUUGUCCCUGCUGACGCCAUAUAUUAUAGCCAUAGCAACCAACAACCAUCACAUUUUGCGUAAAAUGUGUACAUUAAGAGUACAGGGAACCCUGUUAAUCUAUUACCUGCGAUAAGAAUAGUUAAAAAGUAAUGCUAAAUAAAUUCCCCUCUUGAUUAUUUUCUCUCAAAAACGUAACCAUUUCCAUCGUAGGUCUCUCUAAGGAACCUCUCGAGAAAAGCUUUCUUACAAGUGGAUGAACGGUCUGGAUUUAAUCGGCUCCAGGCUGCUGUCUUUGAGGGAGAAGAUGACCUUGUUUCAAAAGCUGCUGGUCUUUUGGACAACUUUGUAAAAGAGAUGGAGCUUACAAAAACGGGAAAUAACGCCAAAAACUUUCCAGGAAAAACUGCGGUUGCCACCUUAUCACUUAUGGAGAGAGAAGAACCAAAUUAUUUUUAUAUCAGACGACUUUAUAAUGGGUGGGCUAAGAACAACAGCAGACUGACUGAGUCGCAGUGGGGUACAUGCAAUGAUGAUGCGGAACAAGCAGUUGAACUUGUAUUAAAUGACGGUGUAGAUAUUAAUGCCUCAGGAUCAGACAAUGAUUGGACACCUUUGCUGAGGGCGAGUCGUUCAUCCUCAAGUCAGUUCAUUGAGACCCUUAUUGAUCUUGGGGCCGACGUUAAUGCCCAAAGGGAAGAAAGUACAUUCAUAAUGUCACCAUUUAAUGAGAGCAACUACAAAGCACCAUUAACGUUAGCAGCUGAUUGGAACAACUACAUGGCAGCUUGCUUGCUUUUAAGGCAUGGGGCUGGUGUAAACGUCCAGAACAGUUCUGGUUCCACACCUUUGCACUUGUCAGUCGGAAAGAAUUACGAAAGUCUGGUGAGAUUAUUCCUUGAACACAACGCAGAUGUAAAUACCCAGGAUAGGCAAGGAAAAACACCACUGCACCAAGCAGUCUUAAGCGGUAACGAAAACCUGGUGAGAUUAUUCCUUGAACACAACGCAGAUAUGAAUAUCGAGGAUUUUGGCGGGAAUACACUACUGCACCUAGCAGUCAGAAGCAGUAAAGAGAACCUGGCGAGAUUGUUCCUUGAACUCAACGCAGAUGUAAAUACCCAGGAUAAGGAUGGAUAUACACCACUGCACAAAGCAGUCAUAUACGGAAAAGAAAACCUCGUGAGAUUAUUCCUUGAACGCAACGCAGAUGUAAAUAUCCAGGAUAAGGAUGGACAUACACCACUCCACAAAGUAGAUAUAAACAGAAAAGAAAACCUCGUGAGAUUAUUCCUUGAACGCAACGCAGAUGUAAAUAUCCAGGAUAAGGAUGGACAUACACUCCUGCAUCAAGCAGUCAUAAACAGAAACGAAAACCUCGUGAGAUUAUUCCUUGAACACCACGCGGAUGCAAAUAUUCCAAACAAACAUCGGGAAACACCACUUCUCAGAUCAGUCAAAUGGGGCGACAAAAAUUUCGUCAGGUUGUUAGUUGAACACGGCGCGUAUGUAAAUUUUCAAUACAAAAGUGGAUUUACACCCUUGCACCAGUAUGUCAUGGAGGGUGACGAAAACCUCGUGAGAUUAUUCCUUGAACACAACGCGGAUGUAAAUAUUCAAUAUAAAGAUGGAUAUACACUACUGCAUCAGUUGGUUUUUAAGAACGAUGAAAACCGCUGUAGAUGGUUACUUGAACACAACGCGGAUGCAAAUAUUCAGGAUAAUAAUGGAUAUACACCCCUACACCGGGCAGUCAUGAAUGGUGCCGUAAACCUCAUUGGAUUGUUACUUCAACACAAAGCGGAUGUAAAUAUUCAACAUAAAUUUGGAUUCACACCAUUGCAUCUGUCAGCUCGUUUCAGUCACAAAGAUUGCAAUAAGAUAAUCGAUCUCCUGCUGCAGUAUGGAGUGCAAAAUAUAGACAUCCGCGACGUAGAAGGCAGAACUCCUCUUCAAAUGGCAGUGAGAUGUUGUAACGCGCAAGCUGUCAAAAAGCUUGUUGACCUAGGAGCUGAUGUUAGUCUGGUUAAAGCGGAUAAAAAGGAUGCCCUUGAACUGGAACGCUUGUAUUAUGAAGCGGAGAGUGUGGAGUGA